UGAAAAUGUCUCAAUUCAUCAGCUCUUGUUAAAUCGUUUGAUUUACUGGAUAAUUUAAAAGUCCAUUUCUAUGUUGGAGCAGUAUACACAAAGUUGUUGCUGUACAACACGCAGGGCUGUCAGCUCUCACACAUCUGGCGUAACACUCACGCUUUCAGUUUCUGACGCUCAAGCAAGGAAUCUUACGGGAAAUCUAUAUCAUUUCAUUAUAAACUUAAAAUUAGGUACAUCAAAAGCGUUGUGGUAGUUUGCAAACUCCACUGACUGUGUACAUGGUAAUGAAACUGUUACAUGUAAGUGUGUGUGCAGACUUGUCUAGAAUUGAAAAUCUCACGCCAGCCGGCUGACCAACAUUGACGACCCUGUAUUACAUAUUUAAGAUUUUAAAGUAUAUAUUUAUAAAAACUUGAACGCGCGUUAAAUUUAAAUGCUCUUAUGUCUCAUUUAAAACGCAAACACCUCUGAGUCCUCGCGUAUCUGCCAGCCCCUUUUAGGCCCUCGGCCAAUCACAUUCGCCGAUAUUCAGACAUGAAGCGCGCCGACCAAUUACCGCAGACGCCGGUAUGUGUCCGGUUCUCCCGACCAAACAGGUCGGUCAAGGGAGAAAGAAACAGCGAAAACGGCGCAACUGCUGAUUAUCUGGACAGUCGGGGAUCCCCGGCUGGCAGCGUCCCCACACAUCAUAGUCGUCUGACGACAGGAAGAGACCGCACAUCUUGUUACGGGAUGUCUGCUAAAAGCAGGCAGAGAAGGAAGCCUCAAAAAGCCUCAGUGCUGGGCCACAGCUGAUUAGCAUGCUAGGACAGUACAACAGGCCAUGGCAGUCUGGACGAAUCUCAAGCUCCUGCUCUGGAAGAACAUCACCUAUCGCAGGAGGAACAAGGUCCAGCUCAUUAUCGAGCUACUUUGGCCCCUCUUCCUUUUUCUCAUCCUCAUUUCUGUCCGCUCCUCUCAUCCUCCGUACAAGCAGAGGCAAUGUCAUUUUCCCAACAAGGCGCUUCCUUCAGCAGGCUCACUAGCCUGGGUGCAAGGCAUCAUCUGCAACAUCAACAACCCGUGCUUUCAGCAGCCCACUCAGGGUGAGACCCCAGGCUGGGUGGACAACUUUGACAAAUCCAUAAUCUCUCGACUUUUUGCUGAUAUCAGAACCAUCUUGGCCUACAGUGGUAAUGGUUCAGCCUUUUCAGGGUUCCAAGACAUACGAUUGGCAUUACAAAAAAUGAGAGAAAGACCAAGCAUCUGGCCAGACAUGUCUGUGGAGGAGUACCUGCGUCCCAAUGAGACCUUCUCCACCUUCCUCCUGGUUAAUGGAAGCUUGCCUCCAGCUACCCUGGACCAGCUUAUGACAGCACGGCUCAACUUCCAGGCGGUGUCACUGGUUGGAAUGGGCUUUGAUCUGAAGCAGGUUGUGUGCAAUGCCACCCUGCUGGGUCAAUACGUGACCGUAGGUGGAGGUGACUCUCUGGGGGAGCUGCAGGCGUCUCUGUGUACGAUGCCCUCCGACACGCUGCAGGCAGCCCAGCGGAUGUUCCUCUCCCAGCUGGACUACAGUAAGAUCUUCAUGAGGAAGCAGCCGAUGUCAAAUGUUGACGAACUGCGGACCCUUAGUGCUGCGGUCGCUUCCGUUUCUGAAGAGACGGCAUUCCUCUUAAACAAUUUGACCUCCUUGUCCAGCUUCUCAGAGCUGAUGGCAGAGCUGCACACUUUGUCUUCGGAGAACGGCUCGGCCUCGACCCAAGAGAGCUUCAGGGCCGUCUCCCGGAUCAUGUGUGGCCAUCCGGGGGGAGGUGGGGAGCAGAUUCCGUCACUCAACUGGUAUGAAGACAAUGACAUCAAGUCCUUCCUGCUCAAGACGAGCAGCGAGCAAACAGCCACACAAGAGCACAACAUAACUCCGUACUGCGAGAGUCUGAUUGGGAACCUGGAGUCCAAUAUGCUGUCACGUAUUGUGUGGCGAGGAAUCAAACCACUGCUCACUGGCAAACUGCUCUUUGCACCGGACACGCCCACCACUCGCCGCAUCAUGGCAGAGGUGAAUAAAACCUUCCAGGACCUGACGAUUCUGGAGGACGUAGCAGGUGCUUGGGAGGAGCUCGGACCCCAAAUCAGGACUUUUAUGGAAAGUAGCCCUGAGGUUCAGCUCCUACAGGACCUUUUGAGACGCCCCGACUUGGCAACACUUGUAGACCUUCGCUUGGAGAACAGCUCCUGGACAGCUGCACGAAUUGCCGAGUUCUUGUCCACACGGCCUUUGAACACUUCUAUGAGUUCUGGGGCGAUGCCCACAUGGCGAGAUGUGUACCAGGACAUAAACAACACUGUUGGCAUCAUGUCGCAGAUCACCAAGUGCUUCUCCGGGAACAAGCUGGAGGGCCUGGCCUCUGAGGGUGGCCUGGUGGAAAGGGCCCUGGAGCUCCUGGAGAGCCGGCAGUUUUGGGCUGGUAUAGUGUUCCUGCUGCCUGAUCCCUCCACCCUGCCUUCACACAUCUCCUACAAAAUCCGAAUGGACAUCGAUGAUGUUACCCGCACCAAUAAGAUCAAGGACAGAUUCUGGGAUCCUGGACCAGCAGCAGACCCCCUGGAUGACAUGCGCUACGUCUGGGGAGGCUUCGUGUAUGUGCAAGAUCUGGUGGAACGGAGCCUCUCUCGCAUACUCAGUGGCACAAAGCAGGACUUCGGCAUCUACGUGCAGCAGAUGCCCUACCCUUGCUACGUGGAUGACGUCUUUCUCCGGGUGCUGAACCGCUCCCUGCCUCUCUUCAUGACGCUGGCGUGGAUCUACUCUGUGGCCAUGAUCAUCAAGGGCGUGGUGUACGAAAAGGAGGCGCGCCUGAAGGAGACCAUGCGAAUCAUGGGUCUGGGCACCGGCACUCUCUGGGCCAGCUGGUUCAUCAGUAGCUUUGUCCCUUUCGUCGUCAGUGCAGCUCUCCUUGUUUCUCUACUGAAGUGGGGGGACAUCCUUCCCUACAGUGACCCAGCAGUGGUACUCUUCUUCCUCACCGCCUUCGCCACGGCCACCAUCAUGCUCUGCUUCCUGAUCAGCACCUUCUUCUCCCGCGCCAAUCUGGCGGCUGCCUGUGGGGGCCUCAUCUACUUCUCCCUCUACCUGCCCUAUGUACUGUGCGUUGCCUGGAGGGAUCUCCUCACCAUUGAGCUGAAGAUCUUUGCAAGCCUGCUUUCUCCAGUAGCGUUUGGCUUUGGUUGCGAGUAUUUUUCCCUGUAUGAGGAACAAGGCGUGGGCAUCCAGUGGUACAACUGGCCCUCCAGCCCGAUGGAGGGAGAUUCCUACAACUUUGGCACGGCCAUCACUCUCCUGUUUAUCGACGCACUUAUAUAUGGGAUUGCUGCAUGGUACAUUGAUGCGGUUUUUCCAGGGAACUUUGGGAUCCCUAGGCCAUGGAAUUUCAUGUUUCAGCUAAAUUACUGGGUUGGAAGACCCCUAGAAACGAGGAUGUCCAUUCCCCCUCCUCCCAGAGACGAGUCCCAGAUUUGUCUGGAGGAUGACCCCCCCAACCUCCCCCUGGGGGUGGCUGUCCACAACCUAGUCAAAAUUUACAAGCAAGGUGCCAAGCUGGCCGUCAACAACCUCAAUCUCAGCUUCUAUGAAGGACAGAUUACCUCCUUCCUGGGUCACAAUGGGGCUGGCAAGACCACCACUAUGUCCAUCCUUACUGGCCUGUUCCCCCCCACAGCUGGUACUGUCUACAUCAAGGGAAUGGACAUUCGCACGGACAUGGAUACCAUCCGCAAGACCCUCGGUGUCUGUCCGCAGCAUAACAUCCUUUUUGACAUCCUGACUGUGGAGGAACACGUGUGGUUCUACGGGCGCCUUAAAGGCCAGACAGGAGCAGAAGUGGCGAAUGAGAUGGACAAGCUCCUGCAGGACGUGGGUCUGAAGAGCAAGCGGCACGAGCCGGCCAAGAACCUCUCUGGUGGGAUGCAGAGGAAGCUGUCUGUGGCCAUCGCUUUCGUGGGGGGCUCCAAGGUGGUAAUCCUGGACGAGCCCACGGCCGGCGUGGACCCCUACUCACGUCGGGGCAUCUGGGACCUCCUACUCAAGUACAGAAAAGACCGCACCGUCAUCCUGUCCACCCAUUACAUGGAUGAGGCCGACCUUCUAGGGGACAGGAUUGCCAUCAUCUCGAAGGGGCGGUUGUGCUGCUGUGGAUCCUCCAUCUUCUUGAAGGCCCGUGUGGGUACCGGCUAUUACCUCACUGUCGUCAAAGAUGACAGCAAGCCAGUAGCGGAUGGGACCAGUGGCACUGGCAAGCCGGUGACCCCCACCUCCAACAAGGAUAAUGACUCCUCCCUGAGCGAUGACACAGGAUUAGGAGAGGAGAGCGCCUCCGGCGUGGCAGCUCUGCUGAUGCUGGCGCGGCGGUACAUGGUGGAGGCGCGGCUGGUGGAGGACGUGGGAAGGGAGGCAGUGAUCAGCUUCCCCCAUGCGGCUGCCGAGGACGGCAGCCUGGCCACCUUUCUGGCUGAGCUGGACAAGAGGCUGAGCGAGUUCGGCUGCACCGGCUAUGGUCUGGCGGACACCACCCUGGAGGAGGUGUUCCUGAAAGUGGCCGAGGAGACCGGAGUGGACACUGACGCUGGCCCUGAGCAGCGGGAGCCGGCUGUGGAGACAGAAACUGAGAGGAAGCAAUCGCACAGUCAAGGUCCCAUACGUGAUCAUGCGGAGACGGACCCACUGAGCGGCAGCGGGAGGGACAGCGUGCCCCGAUCUGGGCGGGCUCUGACCCUGCAGCAGCUGCGGGCGCUCUUCAUCAAGAGGUGGCUGUACGCUCGCCGCAGUCGCCGGGGCUUCUUGGCACAGAUUAUCCUGCCUGCUGUGUUUGUGCUGGUCGCCCUCUUCUUCAGCCUGAUUGUGCCUCCAUUUGGAAAGUAUCCAUCUCUGGAGCUAGAGCCUUGGAUGUAUGGAGAACAGAACACCUUUUUUAGCAACGAUGCCCCUGGGGUACCCGCCAUUGAAGAGUUACUUGAGGCAUUGCUGGAUCGGCCUGGAUUUGGGACCAAGUGCAUGGAAAUCAAUGGGGAGAGCCCCUGCACAGAGGACUGGGGCGCUGCGUUCAGGACGCCUCAGGUACCCUACUCAACAUGGAAGCUCUUUGAGUCUGGGAACUGGAGCACCGAGCAGCCCUCACUGGAGUGCCAGUGCAGCACCAGUGAGAUCCGCAGGAUGCUGGCAGAGUGCCCCGACGGCGCCGGGGGCCUGCCCCCUCCCCAGGUCAAGAGGCCCACUGGAGAUAUCCUGCAGAACAUGACCGGACGUAAUAUCUCUGACUACCUUGUCAAGACGUACUCGCAGAUUCUGCGUAAGAGCUUGAAGACCAAAAAAUGGGUCAAUGAGUUCAGGUAUGGUGGCUUCUCCCUAGGAGAUGGCAGAUCCCCCUACGUCAAAAUCCAAAACUUGGAGGAAUCUGUCUUGGCAAUAAGGAGCCGCUACAGAAUAGAAGAGAACAGCUCGGUGGAUCGACUGCUAGAUAGAUUGCCUGGAUUUCUCGAUGGACUGAAUAGUAAAAACCACGUGAAAGUGUGGUUCAACAACAAGGGCUGGCACGCCAUGGUGACCUUUGUGAACAUCGUGAACAAUGGGCUUCUCCGCGCCAGCCUUCCAGCUGGAGCUGAGAGGAGCAGCUUCGGCAUAACGGCCUACAACCACCCACUCAACCUCACCAAAGAGCAACUGGCUCAGGUAGCAAUGAUGAGCACAUCGGUGGACGUGCUGGUGUCUAUCUGCGUGAUGUUCGCCAUGUCCUUUGUGCCGGCCAGCUUCGUCCUGUUCCUCAUUGAGGAGAGGGUCAGCAAGGCCAAGCACCUUCAGUUUGUCUGCGGGGUCAAACCUGUGCUGUACUGGCUGGCCAACUUCACGUGGGAUAUGAUGAACUAUGCAGUGCCGGCUGCCAUGGUGGUCGUCAUCUUUAUUUGCUUCCAGCAGCAGGCUUAUGUAUCUGAUACGAAUCUGCCUGCUCUGGUCUUGCUGCUCCUGCUAUAUGGAUGGUCCAUCACGCCCCUAAUGUAUCCCGCCUCGUUCAUCUUCAGCAUCCCCAGCACUGCCUAUGUGCUCCUCACAUCUGUCAACCUCUUCAUUGGCAUCAACGGCAGCAUAGCCACUUUCGUCCUGGAGCUUUUCACGGAUCAGUACCUGAAUGACAUAAAUAAGAUCCUGAAGAAGGUAUUUUUAAUCUUCCCACACUUCUGUCUGGGCCGAGGGCUCAUCGACAUGGCGAAGAACCAAGCCUUGGUUGAUGCCUUCCAGCGUCUGGGUGCCAAGCAAACCCUGGAUCCCCUUUCCUGGGAUUUUGUGGGAAAGAACUUGUUUGCCAUGGGGGUGGAGGGCUUGGUCUUCUUCCUUUUUACCCUACUGCUGCAAUACAAGUUCUUCAUGACCUGGAAGCACCUUGAGCUCCGGUCUCUGUCUGAGUCUGCGUUGCCUCCUUUGGGUCCAGAGGACCAGGACGUAGCGAAGGAGAGGGAGAGAGUGAAGUCUGGGAAUGCAAGGAACGAUUUAUUAGUCAUGAAUGAUCUGAGUAAGGUGUACAGGGUGGGCAGAAAGCCUGCAGUGGAUCGCCUUUGCCUGGGGAUUCCUCCUGGGGAGUGUUUCGGGCUGCUGGGGGUUAACGGUGCUGGGAAGACAUCGACAUUCCGCAUGCUGACAGGUGACACCUGUGUCUCCUACGGAGAGGCUUUCCUUAGUGGCCACAGCGUGCUGACUGAGCUGCAGCGGGUUCACCAGCUCAUGGGCUACUGCCCACAGUUUGACGCCAUCAGUGACCUUCUGACAGGUCUGGAGCACUUGGAGUUCUACGCCCGCCUUCGUGGUGUCCCAGAGGACACUGUGACUAAGGUAGCCCAGUGGGGAGUAGAGAAGCUUGGACUGACCCUCUAUUCUGACCGUAAAGCGGGAGGGUACAGCGGGGGCAACAAGCGCAAACUCUCUACUGCCAUUGCUCUCAUCGGUGCCCCCCCAGUCAUAUUCCUGGAUGAACCUACAACAGGCAUGGACCCAAAGGCCAAGCGUUUUCUGUGGAACUGCAUUCUCAGUGUGAUCAAGGAGGGCCGAUCUGUCAUUCUCACCUCACACAGCAUGGAGGAAUGUGAAGCCCUCUGUAACCGAAUGGCCAUCAUGGUGAACGGCAGGUUCUGUUGUCUGGGAUCCGUGCAGCACCUGAAGAACAGGUUUGGGGACGGCUACACCAUCAUCCUGCGGCUUGCGGGACCUUCCAAAGAGCCCUGCCCUGUCCACGCCUUUAUCAAGUCCUCUUUCCCUGGCAUUGAGCUGAAGGAGCGACACCAGAAUGUGCUGCAGUACCAUCUACAGUCACAAGGUGGCUCCCUGGCCCAUGUCUUCAGCAUUCUCUCCAGUAAUAGCAAGGAGCUGUCAGUUGAAGACUACUCUGUGUCUCAGACAACUUUGGAUCAGGUGUUUGUCAGUUUUGCAAAGGACCAAACUGACGAUGAGCAGCUCAGGGAAGUGAAGGUGAUUAGGGAAACGGAGACGGCUCACCCUGGCCAAGCAGCUGACCCAAGCGAGUCACCUGACAUCAGUUCCCAGGAUGGUGGGAGGGCUCAGAACAGCAGAGAGUCUUUGAUGAACAGAGUGACGUCCAACAAUGUGGACCCCGCAGACCUGUUCUUGGUGGACACACAGGAAAGCGAGAUGUGAGCUGCAUGGGGCGGAUGAGUAGCCAUGGGUGUGCUGGGUCGCACAGCCGGACGCGAGACCAUGCCCAGCAUUUGCUGUUCCUCAGGGACAGAGUCAGUGACCCCAGAGGUGGAGUCUGGUGCCUUGUUCAAUCUCCACAGUGCUGUAUCACUAUGAAUCUUGCAAUACUUACUUUUUUCUAUUUAUGUUAGUGUAAUAGUGCUCAUGCAUUCCUGUUUUUAUUUAUUCAUUUACUUAUGUCAUCCAGAUGGAGCGCAUACUUUCUUGGAACUCCUCCUUGUGGCAGGAAUGUAUAUCGCACAGGGUGUCCUUAUACCCUGCUCAUACUUCACUCAGCUCAUACUUGAAUCCUGUUCAAGUUUUAAUCUUAAGAUUUCCAGGUUACUGCUUGCUAAAUUACCUGUUGUAGGAUAUUGCACUUUCAGAGAAAUCAUGAGUAUAACCAUAAACUCCAUCCAUUUUCUAUAGCGGCUGAGUUGUGUGCAGGGGGGGGGGGGGGGGGUCCGCAGCCUAUCCUGGAAGCUAUAGGCACAAGGCAGGGAAUAACCCACGAUGGGGCACCAACCCAUCGCAGGGCACACUCACACAGUUUGGCAACUUCUUUUCACCUUUAUGUGUUUUUGGACGGGGAGGGAGGGGCUGAAGAGCCCCAUGAUGACAUGGGCCGACAUGCAAACUCCACACGUGGAUUUAAGGCCGAGACCCAAACACUGGUGCCAGAGGUGUGAGAUGACAGUGCAGCACUGCAGCACCACGCUGCCCCUUCCCAUAAUCUCAUACCUGCAGGCUCAAGGUAAUACACAGUAAACGUGCAGAAAUUGUCUUCAUGAUUCGAAUGUUAUGCAAAUGUUUAAUGAAUCAAUAAAUAUUUUGUGGGGAGUAA